AAAUUAAAUUCGUAGUUGAGUCACAGCAGAGCAGUGUUUUCGUAUAGCUAAAUGGAUAAUGAGGUGUUUGACUUUUGGGUUCUCUCCCUCUACAGUUUCAGUCUCUCGUCUUCUGUUUUUAUGUUUGUGAUUUGAUUCCUCAAUUUUUACUUUGAUUAAUGGUUUUAGCACACCAUGGGAAGCAAGCAUUCCAAAGGAACAACUGAUGGAGUGCCUUUUGCAGCUUUGCAGGAAGCAACUAACUACUUCGAUGAACGUUUGAUCAUUGGAGUGGGUGAUUUUGGGGAGGUUUACAGGGGUGUUUUCUGUGAUGGCACAAAGGUGGUCCUGAAAAGGCGUUACCUUAAGUCCGGACAAGGUAUUGAAGAGUUCCGAACAAAAAUUGAGAUGCUCUCUCAGUUCCGCCAUCCCUAUUUGGUUUCAUUGAUAGGAUACUGUGAUGAAAGAAAUGAGAUGAUUCUAAUUUAUGAGUACAUGGAGAAUGGGAACCUCAGUAGCCAUUUGUAUGGAUCAGAUCUACGUCUUCCCACUAUGAGCUGGGAGCAGAGGCUGGAGAUAUGCAUCGAGGCAGCCAGAGGUCUUCACUACCUUCAUACCAACGCAGUUAUACAUUGUGAUGCCAAGUCUACAAACAUAUUGCUUGAUGAGAAUUUUGUGCCAAAAAUUACUGAUUUUGGACUAUCCAAGAAAGGGCCUGAGCUUGAUCGAAUCCAUACUACCAAAUUGAUGAAAGGAACAAUGGGCUACCUUGACCCUGAAUAUUAUAGAACCCUACAUCUGACAGAAAAGUCUGAUGUUUAUUCUUUCGGUGUUGUUUUAUUCGAAGUUCUUUGUGCUAAGCCUGGUUAUCUUUCGAGGGGGAUGGUUAGUUUAGCUAAAUGGGCAAUGAAUUGGAUGACGAAGGGACAACUGGAACGAAUCAUAGAUCCCAAUCUUCUGGGCAAAAUAAGACCAGAUUCCCUAAGAAAGUUUGGAGAAACAGCGGAGAAAUGCUUAGCUGAUUCUGGUGUAGAUAGGCCAUCUAUGGGUGAGGUGCUGUGGAAUUUGGAGUAUGCACUUCAUCUCCAAGAGCCUGUCAUGCAAGAAAACAGUAUCAUCCCUCUUGGCAAGCUAUCACUGCAAAUUAAUGAUUUCAGUCAUGUUAAUGCCAGUUGUAGUGCUGCUCAGAUCGGAACAUCAAAUUCGUAUUGUGAUCUCUCUAGUGAUGAGGUUAUAAGUACGAGAUAACUAAGUGAAAAUGAAGCUUCUAUUGAUCAAAGUCAUGGAUUCCUUUAUCUACUAAUGGUAAUAGCAAACCAUGGGAGGCAAGCAUUCCAAGGGAACAACUUCGACAAGUCAUCGAGUUCCUUUUGCAGCUUUGCAGAAAGCAACUAACAACUUCGAUGAAAAUUAGUUUCUCAUUGCAGAUGGUGGAUUUGGGAAGGUUUACAGGGGUGUUUUGUGUGAUGGAACAAAGGUCGCCUUGAAAAGGCGUAAACUUGAGUCCUCACAAGGUAUUGAAGAGUUCCAAACAGAAAUUGAGAUGCUCUCUCAGCUCCGUCAUCCCUAUCUGGUUUCAUUGAUUGGAUACUGUGAUGAAAAUAAUGAGUUGAUUCUAAUUUAUGAGUACAUGGAGAAUGGGAAUCUCAGUAGCCAUUUGUAUGGCUCAGAUCUACCCAGUAUGAGCUGGGAGCAGAGGCUGGAGAUAUGCAUUGGGGUAGCCAGAGGUCUGCACUACCUUCAUACUAGCCGAAUUAUACGUUGUGAUGUCACGUCUGCAAACAUAUUGCUUGAUGAGAAUUUUGUGGCGAAAGUUGCUGAUUUUGGAAUAUCCAAGACAAGCACUGAAUUUGAUGAAACCCAUCUUAGCACAGUCGUGAAAGGAUCUUUUUGGCUACCUUGACCCUGAAUAUAUUAAAAGCCUAUAGCUGACAGAAAAAUCUGAUGUUUAUUCUUUCGGUGUUGUUUUAUGUGAAGUUGUUUGUGCUAGGCCUGCAGUAGAUCAAUCUCUUCCGAGGGAGCAGUUAAACUUAGCUGAAUGGGCAAGGAAUUCGCAGACGGGGGGACAACUCAAAAAAAUCAUAGAUCCCAAUCUUGUUGGCAAAAUAAGACCAGAUUCCCUCCGAAAGUUUGGAGAAACAGCAGUGAAAUGCUUAGCUGAUUCUGGUGUAGAUAGGCCAUCUAUGGGUGAGGUGCUGUGGAGUUUGGAGUAUGCACUUCGUCUCCAAGAGCCUGUAAUUCAACAUAAUCCUGAAGAAAACAGUACCAACUAAUAUUUCACUUCUAUUAGGAUCAUGUAUGAAGUCGGAGCAUAGGAUUAUGUUGACCCAUUUUCAACCAGCCCAUUUGCCACCACUAAUCUCUAAGAAGCACUGAAGUAAACUAGUGUAGCUACUCUAUUGCCAAUUCAGCUCAGGAAAUUCAAACAACAAAACACGAAGAUAUGGCAAAUGAAGCAUUCGUAGUUACUAUACAUCCUCUCGAUUGGGCUAGAAAAUCAUCUCCUUGACUGUGAUAUGUUCUUUCCAAGUUCAUCUGAGUACAUGUACAAUUUUCUUUUAUACCAGAACAUGUUUAUUUUGCUAGUAUUAUUUGAUACAAAUUAUUAAGUAAGAAAAUGAACUGUUAUUUCUAA